CGAAAAAUAAUUGAAAAAAUAACUAAAACAUGCAAAAAAGAGAGAUUCAAUUCGUUAUCUUAGUUCUCAGCCUCAGUCAGCUCUUCCGCCGCGCCGAUCGCUGCUCCUUCGCUUCCGACGCUCACGACCACCAACCACUCCAUCUCUCUCUCUCUCUCUCUCUCUGUGCUGAUGAAGUUUUUUUUUAGCUAGGGAUAUGAAAUGAAUCAAUAAUUUGCAAACACUGUGUCAAGACUUCAAAUUUGUUAGGGUUGAAACUUGAAACAAAUCUGUGUAUCAAAGCUAUUAUGAUUAAGGAUAAGUUCUAUAGAGGAGAGAAGAAGAUUCAGUUACCAAGAUAAGAUGAAUUCCUCUCAGAUUCUUUUGCUUCCCAAGCUUGGAUGGUCUCUCCCAACACCUAAGCUCACCUGGAGAAACCGCCUUCAGUAUCGAACUUCCCUAAGCCUGAGAGGUGGGGAUGAAGAUGAUAGAUAUGCAAAACUAGUUGGGGUGGCUGAUGAGCUUUUGUUGGAGCUCAAGUCCUCCUCUUCCUCUAAAUCUCAAGACUUUCUACCUACCGACGAUGAUGAUGACUAUUCGACCUUGUAUUCACUCAUGAUUUGUUUUGCUCAAAAUGGGCUGUUUCCACAAGCUGAAGCCAUUUGGGAUCAAUUGCUUAAUAGCUCUUUUCUGCCGGAAAUUGAAACUGUCUCCAAACUCUUUGAUGCUUUGUCCAACAGAGGACAUUUUGAUCAAAUUGCCCGAAUUCUUGCUCAGCUUAGCUCUAGAAACUUGGAUAUCUUACCCCAGGUAUACUGCCUGGCUAUCUCUUGCUUUGGGAAUGGAGGCCAGCUCGAGCUGAUGGAGAAUGCAAUCGAGGAGAUGGUGUCUAAAGGUAUGCGGGUUGAUGCUGCCACUGGUAAUGCCUAUGUCAGAUACUAUAGCAUUUAUGGCUCUCUGACAGAAAUGGAGGCUGCCUAUAGCCGCUUAAAGAGGUCUAGAUAUUCAAUUGACAAGGAUGGAAUCAGAGCAGUGGCACUUGCCUAUUUGAAGCAGAAAAAGCUUUACAGGCUCAGUGAGUUUUUGAGGGAGGUGGGUCUUGGCAGAAAGGACGUUGGAAAUCUCUUGUGGAAUCUUCUUUUGUUGUCGUAUGCUGCCAACUUCAAGAUGAAAACCCUCCAAAGAGAAUUCCUGAGGAUGAUAGAAUCCGGGUUUAGACCAGACAUCACUACCUUCAAUAUUCGGGCCCUAGCAUUUUCAAGAAUGACUAUGUUGUGGGAUCUUCAUCUUAGCAUCCAACAUAUGAAGCAUGAGAUGGUUGUUCCAGACAUAGUAACUUAUGGAUGUGUUGUGGAUGCUUACUUGGAGAGAAGACUAGGAAGGAAUUUAGACUUUGUUCUUAGCUCGAUGAACAUGAACAGCUCUCCGAAAGUACUAACCGAUCCCCUGGUGUUUGAAGUUUUGGGUAAAGGGGAUUUCCACUUGAAUUCAGAGGCCUUUUUAGAGUUCACAAAGCAUAACAACUGGACUUACAGGAAGCUAAUUACAAUUUAUAAGAAAAAACAAUUCCGGAAGAACCAAAUCUUUUGGAACUACUAAUUUGUGGCCUCCUGCUGUUCCUGUACUAAAGCCUCUAUUUGACCAAUUGUGAAUUGUUGGCAAAAUACACCAUGGGUUGAUUUAGAUUAAUACCGUCGUGUUAGAUUUUCUAAAACCAAAAUAAUAGGCUUGCUAACUGAGAGAUUGAACAUGCUACAGCUCCAUAUUUUAUCUGUUUCACUCCAUUGUACAGAUCAAAGCAUCCAGAGCAACCAGAAAUGCCAGAUGAUGAAUCCUCUCUCUGACUUAGAUAAUCUUUUUAAGAUACCACCGCCUUAGCUUGGUGAUGAUAUAGGGCAUGAAGGGUCAACCAGGUGUUUUCUUGGCUUAAGCUUAGUCCAGUGGAUCUGCAAAAAUCUUCCUUGGGAUGAUAUUUCUCGGUAGUUGGGCUUGUCAACACCUUGAAUAUCUCAGGUGAACAACUUAAAGUUCAGUUCAUGAAGAUUACCUCAGCAAGCACAAUAGCAUGGUCAACUCCCAAAACUGGCUUCCACAGAACCCCUAAACGUACCAUUAUGCAGCCAACAAUAGAUGAGUGGAUACUCAGCAAUCAAGACAAAAUAUGGCUAAUUAAAUUCUAACAUCAAGUCAAGUCCAGACACUGAUUCUGCAAUUUCGAAUCUUGGCCAAACAAGUAAAACACCCCUGCAAAACAACCAGCUUCAGCUGUAGAAAAUUCUACUUAUCCAGGUCAUAAAUCAUCCUCAUAAAUUGAUAUUGAAGAACAGUUAUGCACCGAAACCACACGGGUAUGUUGGAGGUGAGCAAGAAAGACUAUGAAGGUUCAAAGGGUUUAAAAUCUCUUAUUGUUGAUGUAACACCAAUUAAGAGUUGAACUCUUUUUCUAUUGUUCAAAUUUUGGUUUUAAAUCAAUGUUCCAAUUUUGCAAUAACAGGGCAGCUUCUAAUUCCCACUUCAAAUGGGUUAUUGACCACAACCUUGGAUUCUCUUGGAAUGGUGUAGUCUCCUAGCUUAGCUUCAUUCAGAUGAGAUUCAUAUGGAGGUAUCAAAAAGAGGUACUAACUGGACUCAUAUCCCAAAACAUACCUAAUAUUUAAAUCUUAUUCUCUUUAAUUUCAUCUUUUGUUGUCAAGUGAGUGGUCCUCCCAUAUUCUCUUUCUUCAAAUAUUUUGCAGCAAUCUCAUGAUAAAAUAUAAAAAAGAACUCAUCAAUAAUCAUAUUCCAUAGAUAUAAUAUCUGUGUGUUUCUGUGUUGUCUGAUAUGAUUAAUAAUAAUAUUAAUAAUAAUAAUCUCUGAUCUGAUCAUUUCCUCUCC